ACGUCGCUUCCCGCAGCCCAGACACGUUGAGCUGAGAUCAGGUUGUUUCUGAACCUGAAAACAGACGAGACGCACCUGAGAGAGAAACGCGUCCGAGAGAACAGAGAAGAACAGAAGAGAACAGGAGAGAAAAGAACAGAACAGAACAGAAAAGGAGGAAGUGUGCUCGGGUUCCGCUGAGACAUUAAUGAAACAGCGUAUGAAUUAUUAACUUGACCAACUCAGAGGAGCGGGCAUGAGACACUGAGCGGCUCGAACUCGGGCCCACAGGUUCUUAUUGUGUGUCUGUGUUUCAUGUGAGCGGCUUUGAUCCGCUGGGAUCUGCUGUGAUCAUGCCGGGAGCGGAGAGCAGGCUCGAGAGCCGGAUCCACAAGCUCGAGUCCCUCAUGAGGAGCCCGCAGGCGGCUCUGAACCUGGAGACGUUACUGGAUUCUGUCAAGGCCCUGUCGAAUGAUCUGAAUUAUCCAGCUCUGAGGAAAAACAAAAAUAUCGACGCGUUUCUUAAUCGAUAUGAAAAGGCCGUGAGUCAGCUGCAGGAGGUGCAGGUGAAGCUGGACGACUUCAAAAAAGUGAAGUUGAUCGGGAGAGGAGCGUUCGGAGAAGUGCAGCUGGUCCGACACAAGGCCUCGCAGAAGGUCUACGCCAUGAAGCAGCUCAACAAAUUUGAGAUGAUCAAGCGGUCGGACUCUGCGUUCUUCUGGGAGGAGAGGCACAUCAUGGCCUUCUCCAACAGCCCCUGGGUGGUUCAGCUGUGCUGUGCUUUCCAAGACGACCGUCACCUCUACAUGGUGAUGGAGUUCAUGCCUGGAGGCGACUUGGUGACGCUCACCAUGAACUAUGACAUGCCAGAGAAGUGGGCUCGCUUCUACACGGCCGAAGUGGUGCUGGCGCUGGACACCAUCCACUCCAUGGGCUUCAUCCACCGGGACGUCAAGCCCGACAACAUGCUGCUGGACGAACACGGACACCUCAAGCUGGCCGACUUCGGCACCUGCAUGAAGAUGGACUCGACGGGCAUGGUGCACUGCGACACAGCUGUGGGCACGCCGGACUACAUCUCCCCCGAGGUGCUCCAGUCCCAGGGGGGGGACGGUUACUACGGCCGGGAGUGUGACUGGUGGUCUGUGGGAGUAUUUAUAUACGAGCUGUUUGUUGGUGAAACUCCCUUCUAUGCUGAGUCCUUGGUGGGAACUUAUGGGAAGAUCAUGAACCACAAGAACACACUGGUCUUCCCGGAUGAUGUGGAGAUGUCUCAGGAUGCCAGAGACCUGAUCUGUGCCUUCCUCACUGACAGGACGGUUCGUCUCGGCCGCACCGGAGUGGAUGACAUCCAACGCCACCCCUUCUUCAAGAACGACCAGUGGACCUUCGACAACAUCCGAGAGACUGUGGCUCCAGUUGUGCCGGAGCUGAGCAGUGACAUCGACACCACCAACUUCGACGACAUCGAGGAGGAUAAAGGAGAUGCUGAGACCUUUCCUCCUCCCAAAGCCUUCGUGGGCAACCAGCUUCCGUUCAUCGGCUUCACCUACUUCAAGGAGGACCAGCUGCUGAAGGGAAGCAACAGCCACUCGGCGGAGGAGAUCCAGGACUGUAAGGAAAACUCUGAGGAUAAGGAGAAUUGCUCGGACAGUAAGAAAGAGUGUGAGCAGCUUCAGAAAAAGCUUCAUCAGCUGGAGGAGCAGCUCGACCAUGAGAUGCAGGCCAAAGAUGAGCUGGACCACAAGUGCAAAAAUGCUACCAACCGUUUAGACAAGCUGGUCAAAGACUUAGAUAAAGAGAUGAACAGCCGGCAGGCAGUCGAGGCCUCGCUGAGGCAGCUGGAGAGAGAGCAAGCCCUGCUGCAGCACCAGAGCGCCGACAACCUGCGCAAGGUGGAGAUUGAGACGGACAGAAAACGCGGCCUGGAGAAUGAAUUGAACAACCUGAGGGACCAGCUAGAAGAUCUCAGGAAGAGGAACCAGAACUCCCAGAUAUCCAGUGAGAAGAACAUCCAGCUGCAGAAACAGCUGGAGGAGGCCCACGCUGUGCUUCAGACCGAGCAGGAGGCGUCGGCGCGGCUGAAGAGGAGUCAGGGCGACGUGCAGAAACAGGCCCAGAGCCUGGAGGUUAGCCUCAGGGAGAUGCAGGAGAAGUGCAGCCAGCUGGAAAACAGCAAGAUGGAGCUGGAGAAGCAGCUGAUGGGGCUGCAGGCCGAGCUGGAGAAGGAGAAAAGAGACCGCAACCUCAGGACUGAAACCAUCACUGACCUACAGGGACGGAUCUCUGGGCUGGAAGAAGAGGUGAAGGAGUUGAAGUCAUCCCUCGCCGUGGUCCAGUCCGAGAAGAAGCAGCUCCACGAGAAGCUCAACGAUCUCGAGAAGGAGAAGAGCAACCAAGAGAUCGACCUGACGUUCAAGCUGAAGCAGCUGCAGCAGAGUCUGGAGCAGGAGGAGGCCGAACACAAGGCCACCAAGGCCAAACUAGCCGAUAAGAGCACAAUCUAUCAGUCCAUCGAGGAGGCGAAGUCUGAGGCCAUGAAAGAGGUGGAGAGCACGCUGGUCGAGGAGCGAAGCCUGAAGCUGCAGGUGGAGAGCAAAUUGAUGCAGCUGGAGAAGGACCACUCCAUGUUGGACUGUGACUACAAGCAGGCGCAGCACAAUCUGCAGGAGCUGAAGGCCCAGAAGGAGAAACUCUCUGAGGAGGUGAAGAGCUUGAGCUCACGUCUGGAGCAGGAGAUCCACAAGCGCAGUCUGAGCGAGAAAGAAGUGAAGAUGCAGAACCAGCAGGUGUCGGUGCUCCGCUCCUCAGAGAAGCAGCUCAAACAGGAGGUCAACCACCUGCUGGACAUCAAGCAGAUCCUGGAGAAACAGAACCAGGACCACCGCAGGGAGAAGCAGGAGGCCGACAGCCAGCGGAAGGAUCUGAAGGACCAGUUGGAGGCAGAGCAAUAUUUCACAACCCUUUAUAAGACGCAGAUCCGAGAGCUGAAGGACGAGUGUAAUGAGAGGAAUAAGAUGGUUAAACAGGCUCAGCAGCGGCUGGCGGAAUAUCAGGAGGAGAGGGAUUCGAUGACGUCCCAGCUGGAGGCCAGUUUGACCAAGGCCGACUCGGAGCAGCUGGCCCGCUCCAUCGCUGAGGAGCAGUACUCCGACCUGGAGAAGGAGAAGAUCAUGAAGGAGCUGGAGAUAAAAGACAUGAUGGCGAGACACAAGCAGGAGCUCAGCGACAAGGAGGCCACCAUCAGCUCGCUGGAAGAGUCCAAUCGCACGCUGACGGUGGACGUAGCGAACCUGGCCAGCGAGAAAGAGGAGCUCAACAACCAGCUGAAGGGAAUGCAGCAGCAUCUGCAGCAAUCCAAGGAGGAGGAGAAGCAGAUGUCCUCGGUCAAAGUGUCCUUUGAAAAGCUGCUGCAGAAUGAAAGGACACUAAAAAUUCAGGCUAUCAAUAAGCUGGCGGAGGUCAUGAACAGGAGACAGACGAUGCGCGGAGGCGGCCGCAGCAUCGACACCGAGGUGCACAGGAAGGAGAAGGAGAACAGGAGGCUGCAGCUGGAGCUGAGGACGGAGAAGGAGAAGCUCAACAGCACCAUCAUCAGAUACCAGAGGGAGAUGACGGACAUGCAGGCGAUGAUCGCGGAGGAGAACCAGGUGCGUCUGGAGCUUCAGAUGACGUUGGACAGUAAGGACAGUGACAUCGAGCAGCUGCGCUGUCAGAUCACCUCCCUCAGCGUUCACUCACUCGACUCCACCAGCAUCAGCAGUGGUAACGACCUGGACGGGGGCGACGGGUAUCCAGACUCCAGGCUGGAGGGUUGGAUUUCACUUCCGACCAAGAACACAAAGCGGUUUGGCUGGGACAAGAAAUUUGUGGUGGUGAGCAGUAAAAAGAUCCUGUUCUACAACAGCGAGCAGGACCGAGAGCUGGCCAACCCGUUCAUGACCCUGGAAAUCGACAAACUGUUCCACGUCCGACCCGUCACUCAGACCGAUGUGUAUCGUGCAGAUGCCAAAGAAAUUCCAAGAAUAUUCCAGAUCCUGUAUGCCAACGAGGGGGAGAGCAAGCGGGAGCAGGAGGUCGCGGUGGAGGCCGGUGACCGCCCGUCCUACAUCAGCCACAAGGGCCACGAGUUCAUCCUCACGCUCUAUCACUUCCCGUCCAGCUGCGAGGCGUGCGCUCGGCCGCUGUGGCACGUGUUCAAGCCCCCGCCCGCCCUCGAGUGCCGCCGCUGCCACACCAAGUGCCACAAAGACCACCUGGACCGGAAGGAGGAGGUCAUCGUGCCGUGCAAGGUGAACUAUGACAUGUCCACUGCCAAAGAGCUGCUCCUGCUGAGCAACUCGCAGGAGGAGCAGCAGCGCUGGGUCGGUCACCUCCUCAAACGCAUCCCGAGGAAACACCCGACCCUGAGUCCUCCCUCUGCCGUGCACAGCAGCCCGCCGGAAGCCACCUCGCGCUCCUCUCCGCGGAACUCACCGCGCCCGUCGCCCAGGGGCUCGCCUCACAUGUCGUCCCACCGCGGAGCCAUUAAGAUCCAGCCCAGCAGACAGCAGCAGUCGUCAGGGAAGACCAGUUAACCCCGGCUGAUCAAAGAUUGACUGAAGACUGAGAAAUGAAUAAAAAAAUGCAAAUCGUGGAGAGGAGACAUUCACAGCGACCGGCCGUCGUCAUGAGAACUGGGACCGUUUGUCAUUUUUAACCAGAGGGAAAAAACCAGCGUCAUCUAUUUGGUGCCAUGUUACAGUGAGACUUCACCAGAAGAAGAAGAAGAAGAAGUGAAUAGAGAACAGCCUUGUUUUAUCAUAAUCAUGACCUAAAAAAAUAUUAUUCUGUCAGAUGCAGUGACUGACGUGAAUUUGUAAUUGUGUCGUGUCAGGCGUUUGUGUGUGUGUGUGUGUGUGUGAGAUCAUUUGUACAUAGGAUGAAGAGUCUGUGUAGCUCAUAGUGUGUGAUUGUUUUAUUUGUAUGGGUAUAGCUGCAGCACGUUACACAACACAUGCUUGUGCUGUAGAUGUAUGACUACAGUUUUUGCAGAAUGGAAGAUUUUACAUCAUUGUGACUCUUGAAUUUCUUGGACACAUAAUAUGACACUAAAUACUAAAUGGAUCCCAUUGAGACAUAAAGACGAAAUAAUGUGAACUGAACAGAAACGAUGUGCCUUUAACACCCAUGACAAAUUCAAAUAAACUCUGUUACUCUGAAAA